UUGUGAGUCUUAAGGGUUUUAACUCCAUUUUGUAGCUAUGUCCGGUCGCGGUAAGCAAGGAGGCAAAGCUCGCGCCAAGGCCAAGUCGCGCUCGUCUCGCGCUGGCCUCCAGUUCCCGGUGGGCCGAGUGCACCGGCUCCUCCGCAAAGGCAACUACGCCGAGCGGGUGGGGGCUGGCGCGCCCGUCUACAUGGCGGCGGUGCUGGAGUAUCUGACGGCUGAGAUCCUGGAGCUGGCGGGUAACGCCGCCCGAGACAACAAGAAGACGCGCAUCAUCCCUCGGCACCUCCAGCUGGCUAUUCGCAACGACGAAGAGCUUAACAAGCUGCUGGGCAAAGUCACCAUCGCCCAGGGUGGCGUUUUGCCUAAUAUCCAGGCCGUUCUGCUACCAAAGAAAACCGAAAGCCACAAGGCCAAAAGUAAAUAAAUGCUGACAGAGUAAACCAAAGACCAAAGGCUCUUUUUAGA